AUGAGGAAUUCGCUGUACGACCGCAUCUGGCGGCGGGAAUCGGGAUAUGGGUCGCAUUAUUCCAGUAUUCGCAGCAUCUAUGGUUCUAAGGAAUGGGUGGACGAUCUGGACAUCGUGAAUGAGCUGGGCGGCCACACCGGCUGUGUCAAUGCCUUAUCAUGGUCGCGAUCUGGCCAGUUUCUCGCGUCGGGCUCGGAUGAUCUCCACUUGAACAUUUAUUCCUACCAGCCCGAGUCCACUAGCGCGCCCUUUUCGCUGAGCACCACCGUGGCCACGGGCCAUAGGGCCAACAUCUUCUCGGUCAAGUUCAUGCCGCACUCGAAUGACCGGACUCUGAUAACGUGCGCAGGCGACCAUCAGGUCCGCGUCUUUGACCUGGAGUACUCUAGCAGCAAUCGUUCCGCCGACACCUCGUCGGCCUUUGUCUCGUCCGCUCGCAGUCGCCGUUUCAAUAACUUCUUCACCAAUACCCGGUAUCUGAACGAGGGGAACACUAACGCCCGCGUCUACCGCAGUCACGCGGACCGGGUCAAGCGCAUUGUCACCGAAUCGUCCCCCCACCUGUUUCUCACUUGCUCCGAGGAUGGCGAGGUGCGCCAAUGGGACCUGCGACAGCCGUCGUCCGCUUACCCGAAGCCGCGGGGCGGCCAAGGGCCCAUGGCCUAUCGACCGGGAGUGGUCCAUGACGAUUCGAACACCCCGCCCCCGCUGAUCUCGUACAAGCGCCAUCAAGUCGACCUCAACACGAUCUCGUGUUCGCCCAGCCAGCCGCACUACAUUGCCCUGGGCGGCGCCCAUCUCCAUUGUUUCCUUCAUGACCGGCGCAUGCUCGGGCGCGACCUACAGGUCGAGGCUGGUGAUCCCGGUACUCCCCCGACAACCGGCAGUGCACGUAGCGAUGAAUUAAUGGGCCAGGCGACCAGGUGUGUUCGAAAGUUUGCACCGAACGGCAAGCGUCGGAUGAGCCCCCGCGGUAGCGGAGACAUCACCGCUUGCAAGAUCAGCGAUGCCAACCCCAACGAGAUGGUCGUCAGCUGGUCUGGAGGCCACAUCUACAGCUUCGAUCUGAUUCGCAGUCCGGACGCCACCGAAUCGGACCCCUCGCGCCAAAAGAGUACCCCCGACACGUCCGAUUCUUCCAGGCGACAAAGUUCCACGGACAGGAGGCUCAAGCGGAAAGCCAGGUCCUCGAUUCCAUCCCACGUAAGUGGAGGGUGGCCGCGAGCCCGUCCCCGCGUUGAGGGAAAUAGCGAGGACCAGACCGACGGCGACGAUGGUGAACUAGCAUUUCGGGUGCGGUACGGAAAUGGGGAGUCAGAAGAUAUUCCGCUCCCGAACUUAUCGGACCCUCGGACGGCGCCCCCGGAUUUGAUCGAACAGGCGAGGGAUUCGGUAUUGAACGACGCGCAACGACUAAGCAUGCGGAUUGCAAAAGGACUGGUGAGGCUUCGCAAGGCCCUCUUCUCGCUGGGCGAUGCUAUGGGCGACGACAGCGUACCCUUCAGCGCACCCGACUUAACUCCGUACACCGAUUUCUUCUCCGGUGCUCUGACCGAGGCCGCAACCUACUUGCCGCAAAUGGAUGAGGUCAUGCGAACAUGGAGAUACCCUAUGAACCCGAGUCACGAGGUGGUGGGUGUGCAGCAAGCCCUCCGUCGGAAUCGCGAGUCGGCCUGGAGAUUCGUCCAAGCCGCUGGAACAUUAGCGCAGGUCCUCGGAGGCGAGGUGCGGGAUCAUCCCGAACACCCCAAACCCGCGAUGGAACAAUUCCAGCAGGUUCGGCUGGCGCCGGGGGAGAAUAAUGCGCUUGAUCGAGAAUCCCAGUUUUGUUACGACUUCAUCAAGGCGGUUUUGCUGUGGGUGGAAGGGGGCCGGGGGGCGUUGCUUGCGGGCUUCAAGCGGGACGCCGCCAAUCGGUUGAAUAAGGCACGAUUCCCCCUCUCUGAAACGGCGGACGACACGGCCAUCGAGACGGCAUUACUGCCCUACUUGCAAGGGCUGGCGGGUGACACGCCUGUGGUGAAUGUCGACGCAUCGAGGUUCGAACACGAUCGAAGUCGCUUCAUCAGUCCGACGCAGCAUGACAUCACGAAUGCAUUCAAAAACACGCUUCACCGGCGGAAUAUGGAUUCGGAGAGCAUGGAAUCCGAGAACGGCGACAACCAUGAUACGCUGGAACAUUCUGCUCGGAAAACGAACCGGUCGGUGGAGAGAGGUUUCUGGGCCUUCAAAGUCUGCCGAGGAAUUCUGAUGGAGGCUGGUUCUGGUGUGAACUACGAGUUUGUCAACCGAGCUUUUGGCGGUGUACGGACGACGGUCGAAGACGAGGCCGAAGAGGAUACGGGAGUUGAGAGAUCUCAGGAAGAUAUCAACCCCAACAUUGAAGAGGAGCCGAUUCAUGAUGUAUCUCUAGCACGGCUGGCUGACCGAUCAGCGCCCGAAAGAACCUCGGGCUCCAGCGGAGAUACAGUCGCAAACCUCGUUUCUUCAGACGCCGGGUCAAACAGUACUCGGGGAACGUCCGUUGACGACGAACCUAUGGCAAGUAGUGGAGCCUUUUUUGAACGGGCCAACCAUGACGAGGACGAUGACAUGGAGGACGAUGACAUGGAAGACGAUGGCGAAGAGGAAGAUGAUGACCUGGACGACUUUGGAGUAACGUCAGGCAGCUCCCCGCUCGAUAGUGACGAAGAUCUUGAAGCACAGGAAGAGGAAGAUCGCAUGCUGCGAGGUUACAACAUCCGACGAACGAGGAGGGAAUUAGUGGGCCUGGACGUUUCAUGCUCGCCGCAUACGAGGGUUUACCAGGGCCAUUGCAAUAUCAAAACGGUCAAGGACGUGAACUAUUUCGGGCUCAACGACGAGUACGUUGUGAGCGGCAGCGAUUCUGGUCAUGUGUUCAUCUGGGAUCGCAAGUCUUCUAAGCUGGUUAAUAUCCUCGAAGGCGACAGCGAAGUUGUCAAUGUUGUGCAAGGACAUCCAUAUGAACCCACCAUUGCAGCAUCCGGCAUCGACAAUACAAUCAAAAUCUUCUCCACCGACCGGCGUGCCCAGGAGGAUGCUCGUCGAGGCGUCAAUAUUUUGGAUCCCGACAAUGAUGCCAACACCCUGAAGUCGAAUGUUUCGGGGGUCGGCGGUCUUCGAAGCUGCAAGCGCAUCCACGACAGUUAUCGGAUCAUGAGCCAGAAUGAUGUCAACCGGCAAGGUGGGAUGGACGAAGCGUACAUCACACGAGAGAUGUUGUCUCGACUUGCGGUGAAUCUGAGGCGUCAGCAAGCCGCGGGCGGAGUUGAAAAUGCCAGUUUUGUCUUGGAAGACAACUGCCGUGCCCUUCUUCAGGAGCGCUCCGAAACUACCGCCAGACUCUACGCAGACCCCCACAAUCCGCACCGUCACUAUGAACGAGGAUUGAUCCACGAGCGAUUGGGGUUCGCUGAUCUCGCUUCCGCCGAUGCCUAUCGCGCCCUAUCGUUGCUCGAGUCGGUCGUUGAUCCGGACGGGUGUGAAUUCCACGCUCGAAAGAGAGUUGCGGACUCAAGUGAUGCGAAGACGGACGACACAACUGAUGCGAAUGAGGAUGAGGAUGAGGAUGAGGGUGAGGAUGAUGACGAGGACGACGAGGAUGGUGCCUAUGAGCCUGUAACCCAGGACGAAUACGAUGCUCUCAUCGGUGGGGUGUAUACAUUGUUGGUUCGCAACCUGGUCCGCUGUGGGUGUUUUCGCGAUGCGUUUGAGUUCUGCGGGAGGGGUUUGGCCUUGUUAGAGGGUUCACAGCACGGUCAGGACGCCGUGGACGCGCUGCGAGGUCAGAUGGAUAUCAUCAAAAAAGUGUACCUAUCACGCCGGCCUCAAGCCGCAUCUACAUCCGCCGACGAGGCGCAAGUCCAGGUGGACCCGAGCGCUUUGAAAGCCCAGGGCCGCGCCCGCCGCGUUCUCUAUCCCUGGAACGAGCACGAGCCGGAUCGCAAGGCACCCGAAACCCUCCAGCUGCUGAACGACCGGUUGCAGCACGUUGCGCCCAAAUGCGAGGUCCGCGCCGUCGCGCUCCCCCUGCUGCACGGCACCACGGAGGGAAGCGAGCCAACCCCAUCCGACGAGGUCUCCGUGCAACUCGGCCUCUUCGCUAAAGAGGACAUCGCCGCCGGCGAGAUCCUCCUGCAUGAGUCGUCCAUCCUCACGGCCACGAACCGUCUCCAUGACGACCUCUGCGACGCCUGCAAUGCGCCUCUCCCUGACCUCGCUGACCAGAACCCCCCCGUCGCUUGCGCCGGCUGCGACGAUACCAUCUUCUGCUCUCAGGCGUGUCACGAUCGCGCCCAGGACGUCUACCACGCCGCUGUCUGCGGCCUGAUGGAUGGCCUCGAGUCCAUCGGCAAGGAUAUCCCCGACCCCACUGACAAGGCCGAUUACCUGUAUCUGCUGCUAGUCGGCCGCGCCAUCGCCAUGGCCGCCACGCAGGACCUGCACCCGCUCGACCUGCCGGAGAUCAAAUACAUCUGGGGCGACUUUCACGACCUCGACCUGAACAUUUCCUCCCCCGUCACCACCCGUAACCCGGACCAACCUACCCCUAACCCUCAACCUCAAGACAAGGAAGACGAAACCGCUACCCUCCCCUUCUCCUUCCACCUCUCGAUCCUGCAACCGAUGCGCAUCCUCGAGGAAAUGGAACUCGAUCCCUACACCACCCUCCCGCGCUACGACACCUGGAUCCUUAACACCCUGUACGCUAAGUUCCGCGGCACCGCAUCAGGCCGGCUCUCGACGUGGGACGGCGGUCCGGAGCUCUGCGCCGUGCAUCCGCUGUGGUGUCUAGCGAAUCAUUCGUGUGAUCCGAACGUACGGUGGGAGUGGGGCGGAGAGAUCACGUUCCGGGCGAGGACGAGGGAUGAGAGGCCUGUGUGGAGGAGGAAGACGGUGGAGGGGACGGAGGUGAAGAAGGGGACAGGUCCCGAGGCUGAAGGUGAAAGGGAUGAGGGCAUUCAAGCGGACCAGGAGAUCUGGAAUCAUUAUUGUGAUAUUGGGUUGGAUGUUAAGGAGAGGAGGGAGUGGGCGAGAGGGGCGUUGGGUGGGUUGUGUCGGUGUGAGAGGUGCGCUUGGGAGGCGGGGGAGGUUUAG